AUGGCCACCGAGGAAGAUCUCAUCGACUACUCCGACGAGGAGCUCCAGACCACAGAGCCCGCCGCCGUCGCUCCCGCCGCGACCGAAGCCGGCAAUGGCGCCGCUGCCACCAAGAAAGGCGACCUGACAGUCUCUGGUGGUCGUCCUGAUAAGAAGGGUAGUUACGUUGGUAUCCACUCGACUGGUUUCCGCGAUUUCCUGCUCAAGACCGAGCUGCUUCGUGCCAUUACCGAUUGCGGUUUCGAACAUCCAUCGGAGGUCCAGCAAGUUUGCAUUCCCCAAGGAAUGCUUCACAGUGAUCUUCUCUGCCAGGCCAAGUCCGGUUUGGGUAAGACAGCAGUUUUCGUCCUCACAACUCUUCACGGCCUCGACCCCGUCGAGGGAGAAGUCCAGGUUUUGGUUAUGUGCCACACCCGUGAGUUGGCGUAUCAGAUCAAGAACGAAUAUGCUCGAUUCAGCAAGUACCUUCCUCAAGUCAAGACUGCCGUUUUCUACGGAGGUACCCCCAUGCAAAAGGAUAUUGAGCUCCUCAGCAACAAGGAGACCCGACCCAACAUCGUUGUCGGUACUCCUGGUCGUUUGAACGCCCUUGUCCGUGAUAAGAAAUUGUCUCUUCGCAACGUCAAAGCUUUCGUUCUUGACGAAUGUGAUAAGAUGCUUGACCAGAUUGACAUGCGUCGUGAUGUUCAGGAAAUCUUCCGCAACACUCCCGCAGAGAAGCAGGUUAUGAUGUUCAGUGCCACUCUUUCGCAGGAGGUCCGACCUAUCUGCAAGAAGUUCAUGCGUAACCCUCUUGAAGUCUACGUGGACGACGACACUAAGCUCACUCUUCACGGUCUUCAGCAAUACUACAUCAAGUUGAGCGAACAAGAAAAGAAUCGUAAACUCAGUGAGCUCCUUGACAACUUGGAGUUCAACCAGGUUAUCAUCUUCGUCAAGAGCACUCUCCGUGCCAACGAGUUGGACAAGCUUUUGCGGGAGUGCAAUUUCCCUAGUAUCGCUGUCCACUCCGGUGUCAGCCAAGAGGAGCGUAUCAAACGUUACAAAGAAUUCAAGGAGUUCAACAAGCGUAUCUGUGUCGCCACCGAUGUCUUCGGUCGUGGUAUCGAUAUUGAGCGUAUCAACCUCGCCAUCAACUACGAUCUUCCUGGAGACGCCGAUUCAUACUUGCACCGUGUCGGUCGUGCGGGUCGUUUCGGUACCAAGGGUUUGUCCAUCUCGUUUGUCAGCAGCGAGGAGGACGAGAAAGUUCUCAAGGAAAUUGAGAAAAGAUUCGAAGUUGCCCUUCCUGAAUAUCCCGAAGGCGGUGUCGAUGCCAGCACCUACAUGGCCUAA